CGAAUUCAACUCAACGCGAAGUCGUUGGCUACAACCAAUAUGUCUACUUAUCUUGCUUUUAGUCGUCUACUGAAUGAAGCAGAAGAAGCUCUCUGAAUCGCGCUUAUAGCCCGUCCUUCGGCUUUCUCCUCAAGUUGUGCCGAUACAUAGUGGUUUCGUCGGCAAAAGUCUCUCUACUCUCAAUGCUCCGUCGCGUACACACAUCCUCUCACACAGUCCAUACCACGUAUAAUGGUCGAUCGCAGAGUUUGGGAGUCAAUCUCACUUGGACGACGUCUCACUCGCCUCAGAACAGCGCAAAAGGAAGGAGAGAUUGGGUUGGAGGCAGAGAUCGCUGAGAUUGCACGGGAAAGGGCCGACCGAGCACGUACUAGAAACAGUGAGCGGAAAAGAGGGCUUCGUGCUGCAGCUUUGGCGGAAGAAGCAGAUCUAGAGGAGCGCGCAAGGCAAACUCGGCCUCCGACUAGUGGUGACAUGCGUUUAGAUGAGCAUCAGCAUCCACGCACACACGACAGGCUGCCAGUGAACACACGACAGGCUGCCAGUGAAGAGGCAGCAUAUCAAGCCGAUCGUUGUGAGCACAACAAGCUGUCGAAACAAAGAGCAAAGGUUGCAUCCCUUGCUGCACACGGUUGGCCCAGGAAGCACUUCUUCACAGGCAUCCCAUGCGCUCAAACGCCCGGCUACUGCCCUAUCAAAGCCUUCUAUGUCAUCUGUGAGCCAAAGUGAGCCUCCCAUGAAGCAACAGAAGACGGAGACGGCGAAAUCUUCUGGUACCUCGAUAGGCCUACAGUCUCCACCAGUUGCGAAUUUGUCGAUCAUGGAGGGUGUGGCCAUCAACAGACAUGCUCGUCCGGCAACAAAGGCAUUG